AUGGGCUUGUUCAGCAGAGCCAAGAAGAAGGAUCCGGAUGAGGCAAAGGACGCUGUCGAUUUAGAAGCUGGUGGCGAUGCCGAUGGCGAGGCUGCCGAGGGAGAGAAGGAGAACCAAGGCACCGAGGCUGAGGAAGGUGAUGCAGCCGCAGGCCCCAAAGCUGGUGCCGGGCAAAACCGGAAGAUGAGGCUACGCCUCCCCAAGUUCGGCAAAGCCGAGGAGGAUCCCGAGGAAACAAGAGAGCCAAUGGACAGGAUGCGAUGGUGGGAGCUGACCUUCUCCAUCAGGGGCUUUGAGAAUGUUACCGUUGAGACGCUCAAGCUCUUCUGGACGGUGUCGCUGGGAAGCGAGAAUCCCAAAAAGCAUCGAAAUCGAGUGCGCUUGCAGACGAGGUUUUCGUCGAUCUUCACGCUGGAGAAAGGGAAAGUCUUCACGGCCGACAACCCGAUCCUCAUGUACGAACGGAAGACCUUUGCACUUUCCUACAAGGAGUUGGACAAGCAUGUGGUCAAGGUCGACAUGUGGAGAGUGUCCUGCUGGACUUUCAACGAAUACUUCGGCCUGAAGAAGCAAAAGCUGUCUCUCAUUGCGAAUCGCGACCCGAACAUGGAGCUACGUAUCUUGAGAAAGCUAUCUCGGAAGCAAAUGGCCGACAAAAAGAAAGCCAAGUCAGUGGCUGACGUUGCACUGUACAGAUGCACCGUAAAUCUCGAAGAAAUAUUCGACUUCGAUUUGUUCUGCGAGAACUGGACGUUGGAACUUCGACGAGCCAGUCCGGAGUACACGAAGAUGAAAGAAGAGCGUAAGCGCUUGACUUUCACCAUGCCUCGGGACCGACGAACACUUCCUGGGCAGCGGCGAUAUCUUGGCAGAGGUGCCGCAUCGCAAACUGUGGAGUGGAACCAACAGGAUGGUCGCUUCUUCUGGCCGAGCUGCGGGAAGUUCGUCUUCCGAGGUACACGGACUCACCUGCAGAACUCCUACUUCAUCGUUUCAGUUCUGACUGGAAAGCCUCCGGCGUUUCUGGCGGACAACGCGACUGUGCAGAGAUUGGAGAAGCAUGCGCCUGCACAACCUCACCGAGUUCUUGGUCGAUGUCUGCUCAAUCUGACUUCAGUAUUGGACAUGUCCGUAUUUCAGGGGAAGGUCAAGAGGUUCACGGCAGAUCAUGAUCGCUACAUUGUCGGUGAUAUCAAUGGCAACGUCAAGUGCAUAUUGCGUUCCAAAGGCAUGAAGGAGCCCGAACUAGACUUCCGCACGAACCGGCCGGAGCAACUCAAAACUGCCACUACCGUGUCUCACUUGAACCGAUACGAAAGGUAUUUAGUGGUGCGCAUCAAGAAAUGUGAAGCACUGCCCGUUGCGGACUUUGACACAAGCAGCUCGGAUCCUUACCUACGUUGCACCUGGGACAACAUGGUCAUGCUUUCACCAGUCGUCAAGCAAUCCUUGCGCCCGGUUUUCAACCAGAGCUUUUACUUCCCUGUGAGGGUGGUGUUUCCUGAAAUGCGGAUGGGCUCCAAGGCAGAGAAGAAACAUCAGGAUACAAUCCUCAAGUACGAAUUGACCAGCAAGGGCUUCGUGCAAAUCCAGGUGUGGGAUGACGAUGUGACGUCAGCGGACUGCCUCGGUGGAUGUCAGGUUACCCUGGGUGACAUUCUGAAUGUCAGGGCGACGCAGAAGCGUACCCUUCUAGGUCCUCUGAAGACAGAAAAGAAGGACGACGAUGAGGAGGAGAAUGAGCUUGAAGAGAAGCAAGAAAGACACAACCAGUGGUAUGAAGAGCCGAGGUCGGUGCGUGUGUAUGAUGGGAGCAAGACAGCUUUGGGCCAAUCAGCUUUGGCCAACAAAGAUGCUGCUCUCAUACAUUUCGAGGCCUACUUCUACCCAGAUUGGGCUGAAACUCUCCGGUUUGAAGAUGACGUACAGGAGGCUGAUACGGAAUCUGUUUGGGCAAAAAAAGAAGAGGAAUGGACCAUCCGGAACCGGCAGAAGGCCGAAGACUAUGCUUUGCCUUUUCCGGAUUCAAUCGGAGCCAAGCGGCCCAAAGAGGAGAGCAUGAUGCAAACCGCCGACUCACUGCGACGUUUCCCUUGCAUCGGUCUCCAUCCGCUGACGCGUGUUGAGACGCCGCUGAUGGCUUUCGUUUCACCGAUCAUUGUGCCUGAGGAAUGGAGCUUUCCCGCAAAGAUGCUCGAAUGGGUGCAUUGCCUAUCAUUUGAGAUUACCCAGCGCCAAGCUCGCACAGGUCUUAUUCCGACUGACGGCUGGAAGGACCCCGAGUAUGUCCUGGCGCGACGCAAGGGAGCACCACAGGAUCACUCAGUCCUGCUUUGCUCGCUAUUGCUUGGCUGCAAAGAAGAUGCCUACGUGGUCAAGGGCACUGUCUACUCCAAAGAUCCUGUUGCAACUAUUGACAAGGCAGACCAACUCAUCGAACACACCUGGGUGAUGACACGCCAUAAAGGUUGGGUAACAUUCUGGGAGCCUUGCAGCCGGCAGAUCUACCACCUUCCACAUCGAUACGACCCGAAGAAAGCCAGGAGAAGGAAAGCAGAGCACACCUUGGGACAGGAGGAAGACAAAGAAGAAGACGAUGAGGAAGAAGAGCAGGACGAAGACGCAAAUCUGGAGAAGCCGCAGUGGGAAGGGGAAGCAGAAGAUUCCCGAGUCCAUUUGGAGGACAUGGAAAGUCUGCCCACCGUGGGGCGUAUGCCCAAGCCAAAGAUGCGCUCAGAUAAAGGCAAGAAGAAGGAUGAGGAACCGGGCCGUGAAAGGCUAAAGCGAGAACUCAUCGAGCAGCGUGAGGGCCUUUCCAUUGCUCCGAAACGGAAGAUGCUGCAGGAAGAUACCCUAGUGACAUGGCUGCCAUACGACUCCAUAGAGGUUGUGUUCAAUGACAAAAAUGCGUGGGCAAAUCGUCAGAACCACCAUCCAGCUUGCAUUUCAUACGACUUCGACGACACAGAUGCAGAAAGCCCUCCGUGGGAACCAUUCCUCAGUGAUGAUGAUGAAAAGAGCCUUCACUUCCAGCCGAUUUGCCCGAAUGUUUCGGUUCAGCCGGAACUGCGGCCAUCUAUCAUUGAUGAACUGCAGGAUGAUUUGCGUACAGAGAUGAUGCAAAACCUGCAGCUUUAUAGAGGCAAAAAAGGCAUGGACACCAUGUUUGACCACAACGAGGAGCUCAUGCACCAGCUUCGACUCUUCCUGGAGAUCCACGAGCUUUGGAGACAGAUUGAUCCUGAUAGUCCUGCUGCUUCCAGGGUCCUCGAGGGAUAUCGUGAGAUUCCGAACGACUAUCCCCGGGAGCAGAUGACAGACCAGCAAAAGUUCUUCAACUUUGUUGGUCGAAUUCUGAACCUUCGAGUCUGGAAUCGUCACGGGUCUCCUUUCUUCGACAGUGGUUACAAGGAUUAUGCCAAAGAGCAGGAUCGCUUGUGGAAGUCGCUUGAGCGCUUAUGCCAUGAUUUCCAAAAGAAGGAGGACAGUUUCCCCAUCAAGCGAGGGAAGAAGUUCAGUGGUCUUCCGGUGCAUUUUUGCACCUCCGAUCAAGAAAGUAUUCGACAAUACCUCAUGGAGAUCAAUGAGUAUAAGCAGAUCAUUGACACGGACGAAGAGGACGUCUUCUACACGAUCGAGUGCAGAAUCCUUGGUCGCCUGGGCGGGAUCCUUUCAGUCUGGCUUUACGUCGGCAUUCAGGAGCCUCAGAGAGAAACCGAUUUCGAUGAGGAGUUGUGA